AUGUCUGUAGCAGAUCAGUGUCGGUCCGGAGUACUAUGUCUAAAUUACAAAGGAUCAGACAUCUAUAUUCAGGGCAAUAGUCGGCGUGCAACAAAUGACAAGUUUUCAACGGGACAUGUCAAAAAUAUUUAUCACGGUAAUUCAAUAAACGGCAAGUUGUUAGACGGAUCCGAUUAUGGUAACAUGGCAGUAAAUAACAAUUUAUAUGUAAAUAUAUCAUCUACUGCUGCUGUAAUAACAUUUAAACGUGAUGUCGGAGUUCAGUGGAACGCUAAUGAUAUUACUGUUGAUUCAUAUGAAAUCCUUAAAUUUUCAAAAAGUCAUGAUUGUCUUAAAAAAUCAGUCAAAACAGAAGUUGACGAUAUUCAAAAUGAAAUAUUCGUCCCGGAAAUAACGGGUUCGCAGUUUAAACGUAUCGUAAAGGAAAAACUUACAAAAGAAGUCAGAGUCGCUAAAUGUUAUGUAUCUUCAUUACCUAAUUGUGCGCCCAAUUACGGUAACUGCAAUAACUGUCAUCUCGAUAAAAAGGCAAUGAGAUUAGAUUACACGGAUAAAUUGUGGAGCAGCGAGGAUUGCAAAUGUUCACCUGAAAUUAAAAAAUCCGGACUUAGUCCUGGUUUUGUACGACAAUUAAUCAAACAAUUUGAUGUCUAUGAUAAUGUGGAACAGCAAUGUUCGAGACGCAAAUCAUUAUAG